AAAUCCAUGACCCAAACAAACUCAAUUCAGUUCAAUCAGUUAAGAUCUACCCGACCCGGAAAGUAGAUGCCCUAAUAAAACGCUGGACGCUACAGUUUUCACUUUUCCGGCUUUCAGCUCACAGUUUUGCGAAAGCUUUGGCUCUGUUUUCUCCUGGUCUCGCAAACCAAAGGGAACAUCAGGUCACUAACGCAGUCUCCCUCGCGGCGAAGAUUGAUUAAUGGACUGGAACAGUACUCCGGCGGAGCAAGCAGAGCCGUCGAUGGGCCGCCGUUCUCCUCUACCGCUAUCCUCUACCAUUCCCGCCAGCCCUAACACCGUCUGGGUCGACGCCACGCCGCUCCUCCAGGCCGCUUGCACAGAUCUUCUGGAUGGUGAGCUCAUUCACGGAGAGAAUUUCAAUCUUUUCGCUGCCAUGUCUGCUUUAGAGAUAAUGGACCCAAAGAUGGAUUCUGGCAUGAUAUGCAAGUACUAUUCAGUUGAUGAGGCAAUCGAAGACGGUGUUGGUCCAGUUCCAAUAAGCUUUGAUAGAACCACAGAUGUUCAAUGCACAUUAGAUAUCAUGGACCAUCUCUUAGCUUGUGAGGCAACGUGGCACAAGGGUCAUUCACUUGCUCAAACUGUGUUCUCUUGUAUCUACUUGUUGAGGCCCGAGAGAACAGUUCCAUCCCCAAUAUUGCAUUCAUAUUGCAAAAUCAUUCGGGCUACCUGCAAGGCUAUUGUUUCAGUUGUCUCAGAUGCCCGUACACAUGAAGAAGAGGAUCUUUUUACCAUGGCUUAUGGACUUCCUUUGGACGGGGAUGGAGAUGAAAAGAGCUUGUCUUUGCUAAAUGCUGUUGAAGAGAACCUGUGUCGUCAGUUGCGUGCUUGCAAGGCUCAAUCAUCUAGAAGAAAACAAGAUAUGGAACCUUUGCAAUCUGAUAUUGACAUGGAGGAGGGCUACUGUAAAGCAUUGUUAUGCCGCUUACGCUUUCGUAAGGUCUUAUCCUCUGUUUAUCCUGUACAAAGUGGGCAAAUUAUAUGCAGUGCAUUAGCAUAUUGCUUUUUCUAUUACAGUCACUUAGGUUACUUUCUACUUCAAUAUGGUUCCCUUUUGCUCUUUUUGAUACCCUUCGCCUUCUGCUUCCAGCAUUUUUUUCAUGUACUUGCUUGUAUGAGGCGGCCUCAAGGAAAAGGCUUGGAGCUGGCCAGGAAACAUAUAGCUUCAUCCAUGUCAGAGCUGGAGUGCAUUCGUAAAUCAGCAGACUUUCUAAUAUCAAUUGCUUCUGGCGGUUGUUCAAUUGGUAUCGAAGAUAGAACAACUGCAUCUGGACGGCAACCUAUUGGUUUUGAUGCUAGUUUGAAUAGUAGAGUCUCUGCUCCUGCUCCACCUCGCUCAAUAAAAAUGCUUAGUUGGAAUAAGGCCAUUGAGUAUUUUGAAAAACUUCUUCGUGAUCUAGAUUUUAUUUGUUCCUAUUCAUUGGACCCAUCCUUGGAAGUUCUGCUACGGUUCGUGACCCAGUUUCAGAGUUCUCGACCUGAUCUAGUUGCAAGAUCACAUCUUCAGGUUCCUUAUUCUUUGCCCUCCACUAAAACUCUUUUGCUGGUUCAAGAGGGAAGGCUUUAUGGACGGGAUCCUAUGUUUGCUGUAAUUACUAGAGCUGCAGGGUUGCCUGAAACCACAAAGAACCAUGAUAUUCAGAGAUAUGAAUCUGUUAUGCAACUAGGACAGUUAGUCAUCAACAUGCUCAAAAUUGUUUGUACAAAUACUGCAUGGCAAAGGCGUAAACUAGGAAAAAGUUUGCAAGAUUGGCGUGUUAUCUAUGUACAGCUAGAGCUUGCUUUCACAAACAAGUUUGGAGAAGUAUUAGCAACUUCAAAUGACGAGAAUGGUGUGGCAAGAGUUGUCAAACAAAUUCUGAUAUGGUUGGAGGAGCAGGCGUACUGGAUAGCGUUUCGGUUUCUCAUGUUGGGCUUCGAGUUGGAGCUCUACUCGCCUAGCGAAUUCUUCAUGGUAUACUGGUACCUUUAUGCUGUCUUGGUCAAGCUAGCUGAGAAAACAGAUUCUAGAAUGGAGAUCACUGAGAUCACUGCUAAACGGAAGGGAAAGAAACGAAAGGAUUCAUCGAAAGAUGUAGGAAGAGAGACUCGGAUUCCACCAGCAGUGCGUUUUCUUCAGUGUCAAAUCCACCUCGUCGAAGGGCUCACACUCGUAAUCAUACUUUGGAUUUCGUCCUAUGUUUGUCUGCUGCAGGCUGCUUUAAGAAACGAAAUGGCGGCCUUACACAGUCUAACCCCAUUCAACUCCGAACAAGAGAUCUUCCUCCAGCAUUUCGAGCUUCUCCAGAAAGCUUGUAUUCCAGAGCAAAUAACCUACCACUCGUUCAAGGAAUCCACUUCGUACGCCAGGUUCUCGAACAUAGCAACGCCCAACUGCUUCCAACAAGCACAGAAGCUGGCCAAAGAGCUCAGGAGCAGCUUCUCGAACGACCAUGACCGGCUAGCCGAGCUCAGGAGGUUAGAACAGGUGGCGGAGCACAACAGCGUGGCUAUGAACGUCAUCUGCCAGCUCGGAGCUGUGGAACCUAAUUCCCUGAAGGUUUCGUUCGAGUUCAUACACCACCCGUGUUAUGCGACAGCUGUAGUCCGGCGAGCUUGAGAGGCCAAAGGCAGCACAAAUUUUGGAAGCCCAUUUGUUAGAGAAGGCAAUCAGUCAGCUAAACAGUUGUUCCCUCUGUAACAUUCUGUAACUUGUUUUUUUGGAAAAUUGCUCUUCUUUUUCUCUCCAUUUGUUUACUUUUCCUAGGAAUAUAAGUAGUUAGUAUUCAGUUUUUGCUUGUUAAUUUGAGAUAAGCUCAGAAAUCAGAAUCAUAAACCUGCACCUAGUUUGGGUGAUAACCGAAGAUCAUAAGGAGCCUUUGUUUCUUAUUUCCAAUUUUGCUAUUGUACUCACAGGCGUCUGGAACCGUUGGAUUGAGCGCGGACGAUUCAUGAUUGUU